GCCGCCAGGAAGCGUCCGCCUGAGGUCGUGGCCCGGUCGCUGCCUACGCGCCAGCUGAGGACUCGGUAGCGCUCCCGGCCCCUCCGGGCGCUGCACGCAGCAGGUGCCUCCCCUGAUGGGUGCGGAAUGAAAGCAAACAGAGCGGGCCCCCACCCAGCUGGCGGCGGGGCCGAGGCAGCGCCCCCCUCGUAGACGCCGCGCAGCCCCGGGCCCGCGCACGCCGUGCCCCAGCGCGCUUCCGGCCAGGUCACGUGACCGCGCGCGCACGUGUUCCGGUCUCUCGGUGCCGCGGCUCAGAGCCUCCUCCUGGCUGGCCCCCGCCGAUGUCCACCUAGAGCCGGGGCAGGCCAAGCCAAGGAGGCGGCGGGCCCUGGGAGCUGCAGGGACGCGGGCGCCGAGCCGCGUGAGCAGAAGGCUCGGGCAGGUGGACGGCGGCUUCCGCCAUGAACCCCAGGGGCCUGUUCCAGGACUUCAACCCGAGUAAGUUCCUAAUCUACGCCUGCCUGCUGCUCUUCUCCGUGCUGCUGCCCCUCCGUCUGGACGGCAUCAUCCAGUGGAGCUACUGGGCCGUCUUCGCCCCCAUAUGGCUGUGGAAGCUCCUGGUCAUCGCGGGCGCCUCUGUGGGCGCUGGCGUUUGGGCCCGCAACCCUCGCUACCGCACCGAGGGGGAGGCCUGCGUAGAGUUCAAAGCCAUGCUGAUCGCCGUAGGCAUCCACCUGCUGCUGCUCAUGUUCGAAGUCCUAGUCUGUGACCGUGUGGAGAGAGGGACCCACUUCUGGCUGCUGGUCUUCAUGCCACUCUUCUUCGUCUCCCCGGUGUCUGUGGCCGCCUGCGUCUGGGGCUUCCGACACGAUAGGUCGCUGGAGCUGGAGAUCUUGUGCUCAGUCAACAUCCUGCAGUUCAUCUUUAUUGCCUUGAGGCUGGACAGGAUUAUCCACUGGCCGUGGCUGGUGGUGUUCGUCCCCCUGUGGAUCCUCAUGUCGUUUCUUUGUCUGGUCGUCCUGUAUUACAUCGUCUGGUCCCUUCUGUUCCUGCGAUCCCUGGAUGUGGUAGCCGAACAGAGAAGAACUCAUGUCACCAUGGCCAUCAGCUGGAUAACGAUUGUGGUGCCUCUGCUCACUUUUGAGGUCCUACUGGUUCACAGAUUGGAUGGGCACAACACAUUCUCUUACAUCUCCAUCUUUGUCCCCCUUUGGCUCUCGUUAAUAACUUUGAUGGCUACAACGUUUAGGCGAAAAGGAGGCAAUCAUUGGUGGUUUGGUAUUCGCAGAGAUUUCUGUCAGUUUCUGCUUGAAAUUUUCCCAUUUUUAAGAGAAUAUGGGAACAUUUCAUAUGAUCUCCAUCAUGAAGAUAGCGAAGAUGCUGAGGAAACAUCCGGUCCAGAAGCUCCAAAAAUUGCUCCAAUGUUUGGAAAGAAGGCCAGGGUGGUUAUAACACAGAGCCCUGGAAAAUAUGUUCCUCCACCCCCCAAGUUAAAUAUUGAUAUGCCAGACUAAGCGCUUUUCCACCCAAGGCCCUUACGUGAAAUAGAAACCAUAUACACACACACAAAUUCCACCUUGCUUUUGCCUCUUUGUUCAUCCAUCCCAAACCUGGAACUGGAAACAGGCUCCAAACACAUCAGCUCAUGCCUUGUGAGAUUGAUGCGGAUCAGUGACUCAUCAGUAUGCACCAUAGAGGAGAUUGUUUUAAUCUGUGGUUGUGUGUGUGUGGUGUGUGCACAUGGGUGAUAGAACUUGCUUUCCAGGUCGAUGUUUAAGAGCUAGCCAAGGGCAGUAAGUUGUUUUAGUAGGUCCUCAAAAGAAAUAACUACACAACUGUUUGAUGGUGGUUGUUGUUUUUAAGUGCUAGUAUACCUGUCAACAGUAUUGUUUAAAAAGUAUUUUUAUACAUUGCUAGUCUGUAAAAUUGUAUUUCAGAUUAUUGUGCCUGUUAUGACAGAAUAGCAAAUAUAUAGAAUUCUCUUUCCACCACUGGUUUAUAAACCUCAUAGUUGUUAUUUCUAGUGUCCCCACUGUUAAGAUAGUUUUUCUUUGGGCUUUGCUGAUACUGUUCGUUAAUAUUGUAAUAGACGAAUUUUUCUAAUGGAGUGAAUCUGCAUAUAUAGUAUUUAUAUGAAUAUUUUAGCAGUGUAAUAUAUUCUAGUUCUCUGCAGUACAGUGUAUUAUGUUAAAGUAUUUUUUUAAGUUUCUAUGUGAAGAUAAAUGUCUAUUGCAGAUGUACAUAAAGACUGCAUAAGAUGUUCAUAUGUACCCUCUUAUGGGAUCAUAUCGAAGUACUAGGUAUAAAUGUAGGAGUUGAAAAUCCUGUGGACCUGAAUAUUCAAUUUUAAGGUCUCUCUUAGUACCUGUUAGUAGAGGGAGGAGCCACCACCCUUUGGACACAGUGUGGUACCAGGCCAUAAAGUGAUACAUUACCACCUCGAAUUUUUCCACAAGUAGUAACAACAAUUGAGGAACAACCAAAGUCAGCAAGUGGUUGUCCAUUUCUCAGGGUGUUAGAAUUUUAGUUUGUCGUGAUGUAAAGCAUUACUUGUCAUUGAAAAGCUGAAGAUAGUAGCCUUAACCAAAAAUGGUCAAAAGAUGACUUUUAUUUUAAGGUCCAGACUUUUUGGUCUGUCAGCCGUAGAGAAACAAUAGUUCAGGUUUUAUUUUUAGGAAAGUACAGUGUUUGUUCAGAUACUGGUGGUACACCAGAAUCAGAAGGGUAGAGCCAGACCCUUCAAAAGUGAUAUUCUGACUGAGAACAAAUAAACACUUUGAAAAGGAGUUUGUAAUGAAAAGGAGUGCUCAAAUUACUGGGAGAAGAUGAGAGGGAACCCACUUUUAUUAGCAACUUAUUUAAAAUUUUCUAAACUAUUCUCCAUGUUGUGAGUACAUAACUACACCCUUUGCCCUAGCCAUGAGGCAGACCUGUUCCAUUUCAAGAAAAAGAUAAACCUAAAUUCACCAUUUUUGUCCCAUGUUAAAGUAAUAUUCUUGGUCCACAUGGCUAGUGACAGAGAAGCCAUCCUAGGGAGCUGAGUGCCUGCUGGCCUGAGGACUCCACAGCUGGGAUAUGUUGGCUGCAACAGCGUUUCCCCUCCCCUUAGCCCUCUCACGGUGGGUUUAUACCUGCUAGCUGAAUGUGGGAAUGAGGACCUACACUGAGCCAGUCGCUGUGCUGGGCAGCUGGGGAUACAGUGGAGAGCCGGGGGGAUGUGGCUCCUGCCCACUGGGAGUGUAUAUGGAAAGUGCGAGCCUCGCCUCCCAUGGCAGUGAGUAGAUGGUGCUCAUCGCAGCCAUGUGCCUUAGAGGGAAGAGCUAAGAGCAGCUGUGGAAAACCCGUGGGAAGGUGCCGCUAGCUUCACAGUGUCCUUUACCUGGAACUUGAGGCCCAUCUUUGUUUUUAGGAGCCAGGUGCUCCCCUCUCGGUUCCCCUUAGCCCCCCAAAGAUAACUGAAAAGAACAUUAAAAUUGAGCAGAGAAGGAGCAGGUGUUGGAGGAAUUAAAGGGCAGGUUUGGGGGCUACAGGGGGAUCAGCAGCCCCUCCUGGCUACAGGUUCCGGGUAAGGGCUUGUGGGUAGCUGGUAUAGUCCGUUAACCCUGGUGGGUCCCUCUCCACACCCACCCAGCCAUCAUCAUCUCCUCUCCCACAGUAUGUGGUGUGGACGAGCCAGUGCCUGAAGUGUGGUAACAGCUUCCCACCUUAAGCUGUCCCCUGCCAGGCCCUUGUCUUGCCUUCAUACUUGGAUAAAAACAGCCAAGUGACAGGUUGUGGAACUGUUGUUGAUCUGAAGUCAGUGCAACCUCAGCUGUGCCUGAGGGUUUAUGUGAUCAGGGCACAGUGACUCCACGGAACUUAGCAUGUCAAUUCUGUCAGUCUAGUUUCUUCUGCAAAACAACUUUUACUGCUGAACAACCUCAGACCCUCAGUGGCCUGCAACCACACUCCAGGCAAGAGUUUGAUCUGGGGCCUGGCUGAAGGUACAACAUUCCCUGAGCUGUGUUCCUCUUUCUCAUGGCAGAAAAACAAGGAGGCUAAGCUAAACCUUUCAAGCACAAAUAUAGUUCAUGUCUAUUCUAUUUCUCUACAGUGCAGCGUAUUAUGACCUGCUCACGUAUGUGACUUAUGUCACGUCUGCAUUCUGGUGGCCAAAGCACAUAGCCACACCUGUGACCUCUUUGGUUUGAAGGUCAUUCUAAAGGAAUUACAAAACAUAUGGUGGAUCAUGAAUUAUUUUCUUGCCUUCUGUUUUACAAAUAUUCUUUAAUUUUUAAGUAAUGUUUAAGUUGUUGCCAUUUGAAAGAAUCUGUUGAGGACCUGAGGUGUGAGGGGAGGACACUGCAUUCAGGCUCCUCAGUGAAUUGGUGAGGCUUGGCAGCUCUUGCAGGACAGUUUUAUGAAGGUGCUUCUCUGCAGGGUUAUGCUGGAUACCAUGGGAGGUCAAGGCCAGGUGCAGGGAGAGCAGCCAGGUAGCAGGUGGUGGGAUACAGGAGAGCGGAGUGGAGUCGGGCCUUCCCCCAGCCCUCUCCCGGGCUGACUUAGAAAAGAAUCCAUGAGGACACAGGUAUUCACAGAUAGGCAGGAAGGCUGGGGUCAAAUUCAGCAAGCACACAGGGAUCUUGGGAAGUUGUAUAGCUGGAAACCCAGUCAAGGUCAUACAUUAGGGACCAUCAGGAAUAUGGUGGAGUGAGCCUCAGAUGUGUGUUCAUUCUGUAGCCUCCAGGAUGUGAGAAGAGCUCUUGCUUCUGUAGCUCUGGAAGAAGAGGCAGGACUCACUCAAACUCAUGCAGUAGAGGAUUUGCCCAUGAAGGGGGAGGUAGGGUUGCAGACACUGAGACAUCACAGUUACAAAAGCCCCUGCUCCCCGUCCUUGGCUAUCUGGCAUGCACCCUUCUUUCCAAGCUCACCUCAAAAAAAAAAAAAAAAAAAAAAUCUCCCAUCUUACAGCUAAGCCUCACACAGUGGCUGGUCCCUUCCCUGAGGGACAGAGGCAUUCCAAAGCCACCUUACAGAGUACAUCCUCCAAUUCCUGAGCUAGGAUGUUGGGAUGUCUCUUCCUCCUCCAGUUUUGUCUUGGUUUUCUUUUUCUUUUUUUUUUUCUAGAAUGUAUGGAUUAAAAACAAUGGCACAAGAUGCCCUCCAAAAUAUGUCCCUAGGACCCUGGGAGUCUGAGGUCCUUGCCCAACUACACAUCUUGGGGAGGCUUCAAGGUGGCACUGCGAGAGACCAAAUGCAGAGGCAGAUGUGGGCACAUAAAUGUCUCCUGUUAAGCCAAACAUUGAAGGUUUGCAAAUGUGGAAAAAUAAUGUCACACUCCACUCACUGGUUUGGUUUGGUUUGGUUUGGUUUUGAAAAGUGGUCAUUUUCAUUUUUUAAAAAAGUUAAUGUAUUUAUUGUUUUAAAGUGAAUAAGAACUUAAAGUGAAUAAGUUAUUGGCUUUAAUUUC